AGUCGUUUGCAACCGCCGAUAUGCAUGCUUAUAUAACAGCGUGGAUGGGGGAGUGGAGGUCAUGAGGGUAAUCGUUACCUUUAGGUUUGAUUUCGGGAGUUGGUGCUGCAAAAAGAGCACGCUUUUCCUAUCAAUAAUUAAUCCAGUUCUGGAGCAGCGGGAAAGGGGGAGAGAGCGUGCGGCUCAUGAGAUCCUCGUUUUGAAGAGCGAUCAUCGGCGAAUCAUGUCACAACCUGACAGCACUUCGAGAAGGGCUGAUGAGGAGGACAAAGGAGGAUGAAGGAGGGAGAGGGAACGGGAGAGGUAGAGGAGGAAUAUAAUGAAGUUGAGUGGGAAAGGACUGUGUACCAUCGUCUCCAACAGCCUCCUCUUCAUCUGUGCCAUGAGCUCGGUUGCCGUCGGAUUCAAAUGCUUCUCGCUGGGCUCCAAAGUAAAAGUGCAUUUCCACCUGGGUACGGCGGCCGGGGCUUUUUAUUCGGGGAUACUUGUCGGGCUGGGGCAGGUACUGCUCGGGUUCGCCCUGGUUUGUUGCAAAGGAAAGCCCGGGAUUCGGAAUUUCUUCCUUGUGGGUAUCCUGGUGUUCAUGCUGGGAGUUCUUACUGCCUUCUCCGGUGCCGUGGUGGACGGCGACACCGUGUCGCUGGUGGAUCGCAAAUAUUCCCACUAUUGCCUGGAGUCGCUGGAAUUAAAUCCCAUCUGCGCGCAGCUGAAGGAUUAUCAGAGAGGUCUGGUUAUAUCAACUAUCCUUAACACUUUGGAGUGUCUACUAGGUCUCCUGAACCUGGUGAUCAUUAAGAGGUAUCAGGCGGCGCAGUUUUACAGAAGGAGAUUAACGCAGCGGCAGAGCGUGGGGGCCAUCCUUUUCAAUGAGGAGCAAGACUUCACCGUGUCGGAAAUACAGCCGGUUUCUUACAUUAACCUGGGGGUAUUUCACGUGUUCGACGAGGCGGGUGUGGAAGUACAAUGCGGAGGUCACCCCUCAAUCGAACUCCCGGGAUACUCGCCCAUGGAUCCAGAACUAAACCAGUCCUAUCCAUUUUCUUACCCUCUUCCAAACGAACUACCGCCAGCAUAUGAAGACAUUUUUCCCGGAGAAGCGAGUAACAAAUAACCACUCCGAUAGAGAGAGAGAGAGAAAAAAAACUUUAGACAUGGGAUGUAAAACCUGCAGUGACAAUCAAUCCCUUCCAAUCCGGACUAAGUCAUGCUAUAAAAUUGUUGGGACAAUUGUGUCACAAGAUCUAUUCUAGAACCCAUUAUUAAUCAUAACCAAAAAACAACAAAGCAUAGAUACAUUUACAUCACUUUUAAAGUGGUUUCUUUCCGCAGCAGUGUGUAUUAGUUUACCAAAAUCUGUCAACCAAACGAUCUUAUUUCAGUGGGAAUGAAAUAGAUCGAGAAACCUAGUCACACGUGGUAAAUAUUGAAGCGACGUUGUGAUCUGCGUUUACACUCUAUUCACAUUACAUCUCAUUCAAGGUUUGUUACUGUAUGGCUUACCCUACAUAGUGCAUCCGUUUAAAAUAUGAAUAAAAUGUGUGCUACCCCUUGAUGUUACUAAGGCAUAUACCUGUAAAUUCUGCAAUAGCAUAUUAGAUUGUCACAUUUUUUAAUCAUAGUAGGUAGGUCAAAAUGCUUUAUAGUGUCCGUCAUACCCGUUACAAAACGACAAAACCAGAAUAGGCAAAAUUGCCUUCAGAACUUUUCAGUACUCAGAAAGUAUAAUUAAGUCAUUUGAAUGAUUUAAAUAGAAGCACAAAGCGCUGGAUUACGUAGAAGUGCGUUUUCGAUAUAAGCAAAAGUCGUGACGUUGAUAUACGGAAAGCAAAUGAACGGGGCUCCCAUCUGAGAUAAAAGCUCCCCCCCUUUCUCUGCACAAUAUAGCUGGAUGGAUUUUUGUAUCAGUUCAGCAUAUCCGAGCUGGUUCUGUUCUGUAAUCCAACCCCCCCCCCCCAUGUAAUGGUGGCAGUAUGGGAAUUUACUUCAUAUUGGCAGUUACUUUUUCGCCUCUGUAUUAUACCGCAAGUAUUUUCGGAUUGACGUAUAGCGAUACCAAUAUCGAGGACUAAGUUUUUGUUAUUCAAUUUAAGACGGAAAAAGGAGCAGGCUAAAGACUUUAAAUAUAGACAUUUAGCGGGCGUGCAUUGCAUGGAUAGUGAAAUAAUGUUGGAGCUUGAUUUACAUUUAACAUCUGCGCACCAUAUUUACCUAAAUUCUUAAUUUAAUUAUAUUAUAUUGCCCUGAUCAACAUAUAUGUAUGUGCAACCAAACAGAAAAGCUUAUUAGAGGUUAAUUUGCAUCGGGAAGCCAGAGGUAGACACAGGCAGGUUAAACCACCAAAAAGACCCAUCGUAAAUAUGAUUUAACGUGCUGCUAUAGCUACAGAAGUAUAUAUCAUAACAGUGGAGACUCCUUUGCAACAUGUGCCUUGGCGUUAUGGUACAGAGAGAACACUGAAAGUGCUUCACAUAUAGUUUAAACACAUUUGCUUUGGUUUGAUCUCCGGUUUAAUAAGAUAGUAUCCUUCACAGUCCAGUCAAAAUACCCAGGGCCCGAUUUCAAACUUCGAAACAACGGGUCUCUCCUGCAGUUACUAAAUAUGUAGUCGUUUUGCUUGUCUUUGGUACUAGCAUGUACGGGGGUCGGGGAGGGGGGAAUAGGUGAGAUGA